AUGAGCGCUCUACGAUCACGCAGCCCUUUUGCAGCGACACCUCACGAAAUCAAGACCUAUUUCUUGCCAUGCACCACCACGGCCUCUAGCAAUACCUGGACAUGCUGUGAGUAGCGGUGCAGGGACUUGAAGCAAUUGCAGUGCACCACAGUGCCAGCGAGCAGCUGCCAGCCCCAGACCGCCUGCCGACCGCGCAUCAGGCCAUCAGGCUGACGCAGGCCGCCUGCGACCUCCUACGACGCUGGUUGGCCGCCCGCCGGAGCGGGGCCGUUUCGGCCAAUCGGCCGGAAGGCUUCGGCGCCCCGCCCGUGUUCCACGGCGUCUCCUCUCUUCUUUCGCCGCAGUCCGAAUCUGGCACACGCUCUCUCUCAGUAAAGCAUCGACUCAAUUACUGAUCCCUAAUAACGCUCAGAUUUGAACCGGCUUGACCAACUCUUCUUCAGCGAACCAGCCCACGGUUUCAAAACGCGGCUCAUCGUCCUCCUCGGGUGCUUCUCUCUCAUCGUCGCGCUCACGGCGACCCAACUGGUGCUGAUCGAGGUGGAGCGGCGGCGCAACAAGCAACCGUACUGGCUCUGGCGAUGGAUACGAAUAGAGAGAGAGCCCUUCCUCGUCACGCACCAGAUCCUCAUCACGGCCUACAGCGCCCUCGUCGCCGCGGUCAUCAACAUCUUCUAUGUCGUCUUUGAGUGGCGCAUGGUCCUCGACCACGACUCGCAAAAGACGCGCAUCGCGCGCAGGUCAACGAUCUAUUUCCCAAUGGUGCUCGGUGGUCUGCUAUGUAGCUUCUCGCUACUGCAGGCGUUCGUCGUCGUGCUGAGCCGCAAGGGCCGGACGUGGUCAAAGUGGACGCUGCGCAGCUGCGUCAUCGCCUACUUUCUCUGCAUCAUCCUCUUCACAACCGGGGUUGUCGUCAUCGCCGUCAUUGGAAGCAAAUCGUGAGUUUUUCAUUUUCUUCUCUCUUUGUCUUGCAUCAGUACACCCUCUUGCCCCCUUCCCUACAAUCUGGUGCCGCCCCGCGUGUGUUAGCCGCUGACGGGCCGCUGACUCUGCUUUGCACGACUCGCAGGUGGACCAAUAUUUGGUUGCUUUACCAAGGACUUCGGGAGGACAUCAUGAAAUUGGUCCCCAGUUGGGUGCCGGGCACAACUCCACCGAUAACACCCGCGCUUUCCAGCGAGUUCAGACAGCUCCGUGCCACCGUCGCCUCGUCGUUCCGUCAACAAUUCGUAGCCAAGUGGCUCUACACCGCCGUGGCUUUCCUAAAUCUCGUGGUAAGCUGGUCUUCUUUCGCGAGAAGAGACUGGAUAUUUUCCCUCGACGUCCCACAUUAUCUGAAUCUCUGACUCUAUCAUUGGAUGGGAUCACAGCUCGCAUCGUUGUGCAUGGCUCUGUGGGCGAUGAUGCGGCGACAGCUUUCGAGACACUCCGAGAACAUGGGCCGCGUCACGAGUGACGGCGAGAUUUUCAUCUCGAGCAUCCAGGUGGAAACGAACCAGCUUGAUGACGCACAAGAAGAGACAGCCACCAAUAUGCAUACGAUAUCUCACAUCAGUUUCGCUCACACUUCCAGCCCGAUAUCCGAGGACGGGCAGGACUACAUGGGAAAGAAGGAGGCAGUCCCCGAUCAGCAAAGCUCACCUCGGAGCGCGUUCCAAGCAUCAGCAGCCCAACCAUGGAAGGGCGCGUGGGAGCUACGACAAGCAAAAGAUUGGGUUCUGAUGAUGGGAGGCGUGGUUAUGAUCACCUCCGCUCUACUGGCGGCUGUUCUGACUUGGAGCUCAACGUUGAUCGUCGUGCCCUGCGCGGCGAUUCCGACGAAUGACCGCUUUGCUGCGAUUACGGAGAUGGUCAAUUUCCUGGGUCUGGGCGAUCGUCACACUUCCCUUCGCCGCCACAAACGCGUAUCACGCUUGGUGCAAGCUUUCGCACACCAAUGCGACCGCUGCACUCGACGAGUCAGAAUCGAAUCUGGCGACAGACGCUGGGACCAGGGGUAUGCUGCCCUGGAGACCGGCCCGCGCAAUCAGGGCGCAGGCUCGUUUCAGCGGCGCUGAGGAAUCGUUGGACGCGUUUUUACGAAGUUUGGAACCGCAAUCCAACCAACUUCGAGCCGAAAUGCCGCCGUCUUUGCGGGGCGAAGUGACCAGGAGCGAGCCAGAGUCGCCCUACCUCUCUGGCCGAUCAAAAUGA